AUGGGCAACCCCCAACCUCAAGCGAACCGGUCCAUACCCAUGUACAAGCCCGAACAAAUGCGAGCCAUUCCCUUCCUUAGCCAGGAAGAAAAGACAAAGUACGAGAAUGGCCUGCAACAACUUUGGAGAGUGCACGAUUCCCACGCCGAGGGUUCAGCGGAGAAGGCCCAAGCCAAGAAGAGAAUACAGGAGUUCGGCGGCAUGCUACACAAGAAGGUACGGGAGCGACGGGCGUCUCAGCAAGCAUCUCAACAGCAGGACCAGGCAGCCGGCAGCCAGCCCGCGCAGCCUCAACAACCAGCUAAUGCUGGUACACAGGCGACUCUCGCGCAGGCCGGAGCCCAGGGGGGGGGCCCUCCGGCAAACACUAAUGCCGCCGGAACACCCGUACCCCAGGCUGCCGCGCCCGCCGCGGCGGCUCCAGCCCAGCCCCAGGCCCAGCAGCAGGGAGCCCAGGCAGGACAACCCGCACAGACCCAAACUCAGAAAAUACCCGAUCACCUCCUCACUCACGUCAACCAGAUGACGUAUAUCCCGCCGCCCAAGGUGGCGGAGCUUGGAGCGGAAGGUGUGAGCAAGUGGCAGGAGGAGAUGAGGCGGCGGUACGGCAACAGCUUGGUGCAGAUGGAGGUGGCCCGUAGCUCGAUCCAAAAGAUUGAGCAAACGAUCAAAACUCGAAACGAGAGACAGCAGCCUCUCAAUGCGGAGGAGCAGAAGAACGUGGACUUCAGGAAGCAGACGUUCAACAAGGCCUACGCCGAAGCCGCUGGCUUCGUGAACAACUUUCGCAAACAGCAGGAGGCCAUCAAGAAUGCUCAGGCGAACGUGGCGCAAAAGGCUGCGGCUGCAAACGUUGCCGCAGCCGCGCAGCCCGGCAGGCCCCCUGCAGGCCCACAACAAGCCGGUCCGGGUGCCGGACCAGCGGGCAAUGCGGCGCUUCAGAGCUCGCAGGCUAACAUCAACGGUGCUUUCGAAGCGGCCAAGAAGGAGCAAAUUGCAGCUGCGGGCCGUAUGCCAGGAGCGAAUGGAAUUGGAGUCAGCCAGCAGUCACAACCUUCUCAGAUUGCAGCCACCUCGGGCCCACAGCAAGCUUCACCUGUCACUCAGACGCAACCUGCAGCGGUCGGUCAAGUGAACAUUAAAUCGGAGCCUGGCGCUCAUCAGCAGCACCAACCCCAACCACACCCACCUCCCGUCAACACUGCCCUUGCAGCAGCCAAAGCCGGCAUCCCAUCUGCAGGUACACCAACUCAGAGUGCCAAUCGCGUUGCAACUCCACAAUCAGCGACUCCGGCAGGAGGACCCGUUUCAUUCUCACAUCAGGCUGCACUUGCUGCAGCAGCUGACAAGCAGCGCGUCAACUCGGCAUCAGGAAGCAUGCCUGGUUCUGGCCACCCGGGAGCCCAAAGCGCGGGCACGCCGGGCAGCGCGGGCGUCAUGGGAGCCGCAGCUCAGGCUCAUCCGCAUGCGCACCCCACCCAGCCUCAGCAGACACUGCAGUCCCGACUUCCCAUCCCGAAGCAGCUCCCCGAGAAGGCCACACAGGUUCCCCAGCCGGUCUCCAUGGGAGGCGGCGUGGGUGCAGGCCGCCCGACCUAUAGUGCCGGUGGAGGCGUCGCCGGCGGCGUCAUGGGCCAGCCCGCCGUCAACAAGAUCCCAGCUCUGCAGCUUGAGGGCGAGGGCGAGCGCGUCCUGAACAAGAAGAAGCUCGAUGAGCUCGUUCGCCAGGUCAGCGGCGGCACGGCCGAGGGCCAAGAGGGCAACAUGCUCACCCCGGAGGUCGAAGAGUCCGUCCUUAAUCUGGCAGACUCGUUCGUCGACGACGUGCUGCAGACAGCCUGCCGCAUCGCCAAGGAGCGCGGCUCCAAGAUUCUCGAAAUCCGCGACCUCCAGCUGGUCCUCGAGCGAGGCUACAACAUCCGCAUUCCCGGCUACUCCUCGGAUGAGCUUAGGACGGUGCGCAAAGUGCAGCCAUCGCCGGCGUGGAUUGCCAAGAUGAGCGCUGUACAGGCGGCCAAGGUGAUGCCGGGCAAGGGCGACUUGUAG